AAUAAAUAACGCCAGUCGCCGCCAGCCUGCUCCACGCACAAGUGCUCCUCGCCGGACAUGAAAGUGCAGCAAGGCUGCAACUCGUCAGACAUGGGCAUCCCCGUCACCACCGAGGAAGAACUGCGCAGACACAGCGUCAUCACCCCCGAGGAUGUGCUCGGUUUGCAAAAGAUCACCAAGAACUACCUUUGUUCGCCGGAGGAAAACGUCCACAUGAUCGACUUCACCAGGUUCAAGAUCCGUGACAUGGAAACAGGGACGGUCCUGUUUGAGAUCACCAAACCGCCAGCACCAGGAGGCAGAAAGCAGUGCGACCCCAACGCCGGGCGCUUCGUGCGCUACCAGUUUACCCCCGCCUUCCUCCAGUUGCGGCAGGUCGGAGCCACGGUGGAGUUCACAGUGGGCGACACGCCCAUCAACAACUUCCGCAUGAUCGAGAGACACUACUUCCGCGACCAGCUGCUCAAGAGCUUCGACUUUGAGUUUGGCUUCUGCAUGCCCAGCAGCAAGAACACAUGCGAGCACAUCUACGAGUUCCCCGCCUUGUCAGAAGACAUCAUGCGUGAGAUGAUCCUGCAUCCUUACGAGACACAAUCUGACAGCUUCUACUUUGUGGACAACAAGCUGGUGAUGCACAACAAGGCAGACUAUUCCUACAGCGGAGGGCCGUAGGACCACCCACCGCCCACCCUCGCCCACCGCCCAGCCCCCUUCUCUAGACAUUGUCCACUCAACCGUCUCCACUUCAGGACCCGAAAUAGAAGAACCCAUGGACGUCUCAUAUCCGUUAGCUCAUCGUGUAGCAAUGUACACCGGUGAGCGUCACGGUAAUGUCCGCGCGCCAAGCACGUACAUCGCGCAUACAGUACAUAUCAGUUUCCGUCGUGUGUGUUUUGAUAGCCAGUAAAAAUCGAUAGACAUCGCAUACUGUAACACUUUUUGUCUUUUAACGGGGUCUGAUAUUUAUGUGGUUUGUACUAACGAUGGAUUCUAUUUCUGAUGGCGACAAAGUCCCGACGCGGCUCAGCUCGGAAUGGCAGACAAAAAUGUGAUAUUUGUCAAAUGGUUGUGUGUGUGUGUGUGUAUGAAUGUGUGCGUGUGUGUCAUUUUUGUUUUCAGGUUCAUAGCACGACUAUCUCGAGAGUAUUUUUCAAAGGAGUAGCCAUGAUGAAGUGUUAGACAGGAUGCGUAGAAAUUUUGAUAUCCAGUACAUACGCUGUA